UUGUGUAUGAUUUUUUCAGAUGGUCUCGGGGUCCGUCAUGCGCAGACAUUUCUUCUGUUUCUGGCCAUGUUCUUGGCUUUUAGUAUGAGAGUUAAUAUGAGCAUGGCUAUCGUUGAUAUGACUAACUCUGACAACGAUGAGUAUUUCGAAUGGAGUUACAGCGUUCAAUCAAUGAUCCUGUCGUCUUUCUUCUGGGGAUAUGUUGUGUUGCAAAUACCAGGGGGAGAGUUGGCUAAACGAUUCGGUGGAAAAUUCCUUAUCACGAUUUCAGUUGGGGUUAACGCUUUACUUUCAUUAUUCAUGCCGAUCGGUGCAAAGAUCGGUGGUUGGCAAUUUGUCAUAGCGUGCAGAGUGCUGCAAGGAUUAACACAGGCGUUCGUUUAUCCGUGCAUGCAUCAUCUUGUGAGUCAGUGGAUACCUAUGGAAGAAAAAGGAACCCUCAGUACUAUUAUAUAUGCGGGUGGCCAACUUGGGAUAGCUCUUCAGCUUAUUGCCUCUGGUUUCCUAGCAACCGCUUGGGGCUGGCAGGCAAUUUUCUAUGUUAAUGGUGGCCUUGGAGCAAUAUGGACCGUAAUUUAUUUGUGGCUAGGAGCGUCUUCACCGGAAACUUCUAAAAUGAUUUCACCUGAAGAAAGACAGUAUAUCCAAACAUCACUUGGAAGAAAUGGAGAACAAAAGAAAUAUCCGACACCUUAUGGUAAAAUCUUCUUCUGUCUUCCUUUUUGGGCAGCUGUAAUUGCUCAUUGUGGACAAAACUGGGGCUUUUUCACUCUCAUGACAGAAAUGCCUACAUACAUGAAAGAAGUGUUAAAUGUUAAUUUGACCAAAAACGGAUUGCUAUCAUCUCUACCGUAUCUAGCGAUGUACGUGCUAAGUUUCCCCAUGGGAACCAUGACUGAUCUCAUCAUUAGACGGAAAUGGCUCAGUGUCACCAAUACAAGGAAACUUUUCAAUUCCAUUGGUUUAUGGGGUCCAGCUUUGGCUCUGAUAGGUCUAUCUUACUCACCAGAAGGUAAUAUGUGGCUGGCUGUAUUGAUGCUGACGGUCAGUGUUGGUAUUAACGCCGGACAAUACACUGGAUAUCUGUUGAUUUUCAUUGACCUGGCACCAAACUUCAGUUCAUCUCUUAUGGGAAUAUCUAACUUCAUUGCAAACAUCAUAUCCAUAAUUGCCCCUAUGGUCUGUGGGUUCAUAAUAAAGGAUGAGACUGAUCCAGGCGAAUGGCGGAAAGUAUUUUUCUUGGCUUCCGGAAUUUAUUUCUUGACAAAUCUAUUUUUCAUUCUUUUUACCACCUCCGAUGAGCAGUCGUGGAACAAGCCUGAAGAAGAUAACGAUCCUGAAAACAUCACAAAGAGAAAGGAGAGCUUGAAAUAG